GACAUUUUCUGACAAGCGUAGAAAAACUUCUCGUCAACAGCAGCCGCCAUUUUACGUUAGCCGAUACUCGUGCGGUGCAGAACUCUCGCGAUCGCUUUUCCCGAGCGAAUUUCUGUGGCGCGCGGUGGCCGCCCCGGAACCGACUCAUUUCAUCGUCUUCGCCUCCUGGCGUCCGUGAUUGCCUCGAAUGUGUGGGGAAAGCGAGCUGCGUCCGCGGUGAUCAUUCGCGCGCCCCGUGUCGCAGUGUGCCAAGGCGAGAGAAGAGGAGAGAAAGAUGGUGCCAGCGGGCCUCGAGAGCGAUAUCGUUGCUGCGAGCUAGCGCCGUGCGCGCAGCCAGUUCGUCACACUCGAGUGUUUGACGAGUCGUGUGCGACCGACUAAACCGAAUAUAACGUGAGAACUCGUUUGGUAGUGGUGUGCAUUUAAGUCGAAGUGGUGAUCUUCGAUAUUGUGAUACCAAUAGUCUAGUUAACUUCUCGGCCUGUCCCGUCGUCGUCGUGCGAGUGGCCUGUGCGCCCAUUGAAAAAUUUACUGUGUGUGUGGGCUUUGAGCGCGGGGUUCGACGUACCCCCGACGAUGCCCAAUGGUUGAUCGUGUAUCAAAGCGUGCUCGGGGACGCUCCACGCGCCGCGGUUUUCAUUGUUAUUGUCAUGCUUGUGAAUACGCUAAGAGCUUGGUGAAUUUUCGCGGCUUCACCGAAGAGGAGGAAGCAGCAAUAGCAUCAGCAGCAGCAGUAACAGCAUCAUCAGCACUAGUACCGAUCUUCUAGUGGCGUAGUGCAGCGUUUCGUUCGUGUGUGUAUACCCGUGUAUACGUGCCUGCGUGCGUGCCUGGUUGCGUGCGUGCGUGCGUGCGUGCGUGCGGUCAUCCUGACUUGCUGCCGCCGCCGCUUACUUGCUACCAGGAGUAAACAGCCUGAAACACAAGAAAUAAUUAACCCCGAAAAGAAACCAUGGCCGACCACCUGGUGGACGGGCCACCGAAUAAGCGGCCGAAGCUCGGAGAUCCUUUUCAGGGGACUUCGGAUUCCGCGGUGGGUAUGGCGCCUCUAAUGAUGCACCAUGCUUAUACAAACUACGGGGGAGGUGGCAGUGGUAACAUGCAACAAAUGCAGGGCCCGCCACAACAGCAGCUUCAUCUGCAACAGCAUCAGCUGCAGCCACAUUGGAACAACCAUACCAUCCAGAAAAGAAAUUAUAUAACAAACACAGAUAUGUUUGAUCUUGAAAAUGAUCUACCUGAUGAUCUGUUGUCAUCGGGGUCUUGGGGUUCUGCAACUGAAAGUGCUAAACCACCAGCAACAGGCCCAGGCCCAGGGCAGCAAAAUGGUGCGCUUGAUUCAGAACUUAGACAACAUGUACAGCAACAACAACAACUUUCACAUCAUCUAAUACAACAACAAGGCAACAAAAAUUUGGUUGCAAAUUCUCUAGCAAUGGCUGCUGGAACUUUGGGUAAUAAAAGUCCAAAUAUGCAAUCUCCACCAAAUGUUUCUGUUUCUAAAGUAGUUGAUCCACAAAUGGUCGUGAGUCUGGGAAAUUUACCAAGUAGUAUAGCCAGUUCCUUGGCAAAUAAUCAAAUGUCCAUUGCAAAUUCAAUGGGUGGCCUUCAAUCGUCAAUGAGCAUGGCUGGAAGUAAUCCUACCAUGUCAAUGCCAGGUGGAAUAAAUUCUGCUCUUGUUAUGACCAGUAGUGCUAGUGGAAAUAACAAUAUGGGUGGAAUGGCAGGUGGAAGUUUAAUUGUAACCAACAGCUUAAAUAAGCAACCUUUAAACACUGUAACCAUGAUGGCUCCUAAUACACAAGGAGGAAUUCAUCAUCCUAGUGGGCCACAUGGUGUUGCUCAAAUGCAAAAUGGACCUGGAAUAAUGAAUACUAGAGCUGUAGCAAUGCAACAACAGCAACAAGCUCAUAUGGUUGGACCAGCAAGGGGUCAAAGUCCACAUCAACAAGUACACCAAGUUGGUAUCGUUGGUCCUGGUCAGGGAGGUCCAAGAAUCCAGGCACCCCCAAAUAUGACAAAUAUGCCAAAUAUGGGGCAAAUAAGUGCAUCAAGUCCUUAUGGUUAUGGAUCUCCAGCGAGUGGACAGGGGCCUGGCGUUACUGUAUGUACUAACAGUCCUGUUGGAGUUGUUACACCACAACCAAAAGGAGUGGGAACAAACAUGACUGCCAUGCAAGGUAGUAGAUUUGGAGGAACCGCAGGUCCUAUUGGCUCCACAAAUGUUGUGGGUGGUCAAGAAGGUGGCAUGGCACAACAAGCUCAACCACCUGCUCCAAGUCCAGCUCAACCUCAGUCUGGUGCACCAAGUGGAGGUCAACCUGGACCACAACAAGCUACUCAGGGCCAAAUACCCGGUACUGGUGCUCCAACGGGUGCUACAAAAUCAAUUGCUGAUCCAGAAAAGCGCAAACUUAUUCAGCAACAACUAGUUCUUCUACUUCACGCGCAUAAGUGUCAACGACGCGAAAGUCAAGCAAACGGUGAAGUUUGGCAAUGUUCGUUGCCAGACUGUAAAACUAUGAAAAAUGUAUUGACUCACAUGACUGCUUGUCAAGCAGGGAAAACCUGUAAAGUGCCACACUGUAGCUCAUCGAGACAAAUUAUUAGUCACUGGAAACACUGCAACCGUAACGAUUGUCCUGUGUGUUUACCUCUGAAACAGGCAAACAAAAAUAAAACAACAAAUGCUGCUGCAGCAUCUACGACACAACCAAAUAGUCAACCAAAUCCGAGUCAAACAGAAAUGAGAAGAGCAUACGAUGCGUUGGGUAUUCCAUGUCCGACUACAACAACUGGUGGUUUGGUUGCUCAAUGUGUAACUAGAAGAAUGCCAACACCAAGCAUGCAAGGAGCACCCGGUGCGAUAGGAAACGUUAGAUUAGCUCAACCUCCAACUCAGAAUGCACCCGGUCAAUCUGUAGUUGGCGCCGGGCAACAAGUUGUUGCUCCAAAUGUUUCCCUCCCUUUAAAUUCUGAUCCUAAUACAGUCGGAGUUGCUGGUAAUCAAGCAGCACCUACCAGUGGUCCCACGCCUGCUGCUGCAGCGACUGCCGCUAAUAUACAACAAUCUGUUAAUAUGCAGCAACUGUUUGGUUUGAAUGAUUCAGGACAACUUAGUGUUCCAAGUGAAAAUAGGUUAGCUAAUCUUCAGCUUCCAGCUGGACUUCAACCAAGUCAAGUAACAGCAACAUCGGUGCAGGAAUCAAAGGAUUGGCAUCAAACUGUAACACCAGAUCUUAGAAAUCAUCUCGUUCAUAAAUUGGUUCAAGCAAUAUUUCCAACUCCUGAUCCACAAGCUAUGCUCGAUAAAAGAAUGCAUAAUCUUGUUGCAUAUGCAAGAAAAGUUGAAGGCGACAUGUAUGAAAUGGCAAAUUCAAGAUCAGAAUAUUAUCAUUUGCUUGCCGAAAAAAUAUACAAAAUUCAAAAAGAAUUAGAGGAAAAACGACAAAAGCGGAAAGAACAACAAUUACAAGCCCAGCAGCAACAACAACCACAAUCUGCAGGAGCAUCUGGCUCAGGUUUAAGGCCAUGUGCUCCCCCAGGUGUUGGUACCGUUCCACCAUCACGACCAGUUGGAACAGUUACUCCUAGUUUGCGUAGUCAUUCGCCAAGUAUGACACUUGGAAAUUUACCUGCAAUGGGCAUUCCGCACAAUAGAAUGCAGUUUCCUCAACAACAACAAACACAACAAGUACAGGUCCAGUCCCAAACGAACGCCCAAGCUCAGGCUCAAGCACAGGCCCAGGCCCAGGCUCAGGCUCAGGCUCAGGCUCAGGCUCAGGCUCAGGCUCAAGCUCAAGCUCAAGCUCAGGCUCAAGUUCAAGUUCAGCAACAAAUGCAACAGCAACAACAACAGCAGCAGCAGCAGUCAGGAAUUUUGGUUGGCCCACCUGGUCCUAGUCCAAAUGGACAAUCAACUUCUAAUCCUAACGUUGUUUCAAAUCCUGGUCUCAGUCCUUUUGGACAACCACAAAUGUCACAAUCAAGUUUAACAACAACUACUACGUCUGCAACAACUAGUCAAUUCCCAACCUCAAAUGGUACGUCUGGUUUACCUAACAGUUCGCCUGUACAGAAUCAACAUCAAUAUUCUGAUAUCAUGAAAGUUAGAUUAGCGCAAGCUCAAGCAGCAAUUGCGCACCAACAUCAGCAACAGCAACAGCCGCCAUCACAACCUCAGUCUCAACAACAAUCAAGUCAGUCACAGCCGCAACAACCAACAAGUACUUCGAAUCAAAACGCUACGACAACCUCAAUGCCGCAAACGCCAUCACCAUUUAGCAGUAUGCAACAACAAAACAAUCAACAGCAAAAUCAAUUCAACAAUAGUCGGCCUCUUUCGGUUUCAACACCUAAUGAUAAUGGCAUCAGUACAUCAACUCCACAAACGAUACCACCUCCUGCUUCUAGUGGACCUAGUCCCGGCCCAGCAACAACGACAAAUGGACCUCAAUCUACAACUUCCACACCUAAUACGCCACUAGUUCCUUCAUUAAUGACUCCAAAUCAGACUGUUUCUUCCGCCAACCAAACACCACCUCAUCCUGCUACUACACCGUCUCCUGCCGGCCUUGCAAGUCUAGGAAAAGGCAUGACAUCUCAGGAGAGGGCUGCAUUAAAUGCACCUAGAACUUCGUCCAUGUCUUCGCAAAUGGCGGCUAUUACAGCCGCUUUAGAUCGUGAUAAUUCUCCUAGUCCUCCAAUGAAUAACAACAAGGGAAAAUUGGAUUCUAUUAAAGAAGAAAGUAUGAAAAUGGAAAUUAAAACAGAAGAUGGUUCUGAGAAUCAUAGAAUGGAUGGAGGUAAAAGUGUCAAUAAUGAGGUGUCUAUUAAAACUGAAAUCAAAACAGAACCAAUGGAGGAAGGAUCCAGUGAGAGUAUCGUAAAGGAAGAACCUAUUAGUAUUAAGGAAGAACCUAUAACACCAAUAUCCAGUCAAGACACAACAACGCCAGAUAUUAAACCAUUAGUUCCUGAACCGAUACAACCAAGCGGAACGUCAACUGAUAAGAAACGGUUGUGUUUAUUCAAACCAGAUGAAUUGCGACAAGCAUUAAUGCCAACGUUAGAAAAACUUUAUCGCCAAGAUCCAGAAUCUAUACCAUUUAGACAACCGGUCGAUCCUCAAGCAUUGGGAAUUCCUGAUUAUUUUGAUAUUGUUAAAAAACCAAUGGAUCUUUCAACGAUCAAAAGAAAACUAGAUACAGGGCAAUACAGUGAUCCAUGGGAAUAUGUGGAUGAUGUAUGGAUGAUGUUUGAUAAUGCAUGGCUUUACAAUCGUAAAACAUCACGUGUUUACAGAUAUUGUACAAAGCUUUCUGAAGUCUUUGAGCAAGAAAUAGAUCCUGUAAUGCAAGCCUUGGGAUAUUGCUGUGGAAGAAAAUACACAUUCAAUCCACAAGUACUAUGUUGUUAUGGAAAGCAACUUUGUACAAUACCAAGAGAUGCAAAGUACUACUCCUAUCAAAAUAGUAGUCUAAAGGCAUAUGGUCUUGUUUCCGACAGAUACACCUUCUGUCAGAAAUGUUUCAACGACAUUCCUGGUGAUACUGUGACGUUAGGAGACGAUCCAACGCAACCACAAACUGCCAUUAAAAAGGAACAGUUCCAGGAAAUGAAGAACGAUCAUUUGGAAUUGGAGCCUUUUGUUGUAUGUACAGAUUGCGGUAGAAAAGUACAUCAGAUAUGCGUGCUUCACAUGGAAUCAAUUUGGCCUUUAGGAUUUACUUGUGAUAAUUGCUUGAAGAAAAAAGGUCAAAAACGUAAAGAAAAUAAAUUUAAUGCUAAACGUUUACCGGUUACUAAAUUAGGUACCUAUAUCGAAACACGUGUGAACAAUUUCUUAAAGAAAAAAGAAGCUGGUGCUGGAGAAGUUGCAAUUAGAGUUGUAGCAUCCAGUGAUAAAGUUGUCGAAGUGAAACCAGGAAUGAGAAGUCGAUUUGUGGAAAAUGGUGAAAUGCCUGGUGAAUUUCCGUAUAGAGCAAAAGCUUUGUUUGCAUUUGAAGAAGUUGAUGGGACUGAUGUAUGUUUCUUCGGCAUGCAUGUGCAAGAAUAUGGUAGUGAAUGUACACCACCUAAUACUCGAAGAGUUUAUAUUGCAUAUUUGGAUUCUGUACACUUUUUCCGGCCUAGACAGUUCCGAACAGCAGUAUAUCACGAAAUUCUUCUUGGAUACUUGGAUUAUGCAAAACAAUUGGGAUAUACAAUGGCUCAUAUUUGGGCUUGUCCCCCUUCUGAAGGCGAUGAUUACAUUUUCCACUGCCACCCGCAAGAACAAAAGAUUCCAAAGCCUAAAAGAUUACAAGAAUGGUAUAAGAAAAUGUUAGACAAAGGCAUGGUUGAAAGGAUCGUGCUCGAUUACAAAGACAUUUUAAAACAAGCGAUGGAAGAUAAACUUACAUCUGCAGCUGACUUACCGUAUUUUGAAGGUGAUUUUUGGCCGAAUGUUUUAGAAGAAAGUAUCAAGGAGUUAGAUCAAGAAGAAGAAGAGAAACGUAAACAAGCGGAAGCAGCGGAAGCUGCUGCUGCCAAUGCAAUUUUCUCAUUGUCAGAGGAUUCUGAAACAGGGCCAGACGGCAAAAAGAAAGGGCAAAAGAAAGCUAAGAAAUCCAAUAAAUCCAAAGCAAAUCAAAGAAAAAAUAGUAAAAAAUCUAAUACCCCACAAACAGGAAAUGAUCUUUCAGCAAAGAUUUUUGCCACUAUGGAGAAACAUAAAGAAGUAUUCUUCGUUAUUAGGUUGCAUAGUGCUCAAAGUGCAGCCAGUUUAGCACCUAUUCAAGAUCCUGAUCCAGUUAUUAAUUGUGACCUUAUGGAUGGCCGCGAUGCUUUCCUUACAAUGGCUAGAGAAAGACAUUAUGAAUUCUCUUCCUUAAGGCGCGCGAAAUUUAGUUCUAUGUCUAUGCUAUACGAAUUGCACAAUCAAGGUCAAGACAAGUUUGUUUAUACUUGCAAUAAUUGUAAGAGCCAUGUAGAAACAAGAUAUCAUUGUACGGUUUGUGAUGAUUUUGAUCUGUGUAUAAGCUGUAAAGAAAAAGACGGUCAUCCUCAUCAUAUGGAAAAACUUGGUUUAGAUUUGGAUGAUGGUUCAUCGCCGGCCGAUGCUAAACAAGCUAAUCCACAGGAGGCGCGUAAACUUUCAAUUCAAAGAUGUAUUCAAUCGUUGGUGCACGCGUGCCAAUGUAGAGAUGCUAACUGUCGUUUAACAAGUUGUCAAAAGAUGAAGAGAGUAGUAACGCAUACUAAAGUUUGCAAACGAAAAACGAACGGUGGCUGUCCAAUCUGUAAACAAUUAAUAGCGUUGUGCUGUUAUCAUGCUAAACACUGCCAAGAGACUAAAUGUCUUGUUCCAUUCUGUUCGAACAUCAAACAUAAGCUGAAACAACAACAGCUUCAACAGCGGCUACAGCAAGCGCAGUUGUUAAGGAGACGAAUGGCUGCGAUGAAUAGCAGACCCACAGGUCCAGUGGGAGCGAUGCAAUCCGGACAACAGAGUUCAAAUGUUACUAUGACCACAGGUGUUGCUAUGAAACCAGGUGUCAGUCCUACCAAUUUACCUUCGCCACAUCAACCUGGAAUAGGAUUGAAACCUGGAACUCAAACGCCACCUGCUCACGUUCUCCAAGUUGUUAAGCAAGUACAAGAAGAAGCUGCACGGCAACAAGUACCGCAUGGUUAUGGUAAAGUAACGCCAGGUGGUGGAGUUGGUGCUGGAGUUGGCGUAGGAGGACAAACAGGUGGUGUAAUGCCUCCACCUCCUAUGCAACGUCCAAUGCCUGUACAAAUGCCAAAUCCUGGCGGUACACAUCUUAUUCCAAUGGAUCAAUGGACAGCAAGUAGGUAUCAGCCAAGUACACUGAUGCAACAGAAUCCUGGUUUGAGACAGCAAACGCCGCAACAGUUAAUGCAGCAGCAGCAACAACAUCAAGGGCAGCCAGCAAUAGCUAUGGGAGGACAGAUGCCUAGGCAAGCUGGAGUUCUCGGUGGUCCGGUUAAUCAAGUUGGUCCUCAAACUCAAAGCAACAUGCACAAGCAUGUAUUGCAGCAACUUAUGCAAACUCUAAAGAAUCCCCAUACUCCUGAACAACAAAACCAAAUACUUCAAAUACUCAAAAGCAAUCCACCGAUUAUGGCUGCUUUUAUCAAACAACGGGCACUCGCUCUAAAUCAACAACAAAGUGGUCAAUACGGUGGAGGAGUGGGCGGACCUUUGGGUCCUAAUCAGCCGCAGCAACAACCUGCUCUGCAGCAUAUAAUGUCUCAGCAACAGCAGCAGCAGCAGCAACAGCAUCAGCAGCAGCAGCAGCACCAACAACAACAACAACAGCAAGGCAGAAUGCAAAUACAGGCAAUGCUAAAUCAACAGCAACAACAACAGCAGCAACAGCAGCAACCUGUUCAACAGCAACCACCACAGUGGUAUAAACAGCAAAUGCUAGUAUUGCAAAGGCACCAGCACCCGUCACAGCAGCAACAACACCCGCAGCAGCAGCAACAGCAGCAGCAACAACAACAACAACAAUUUACACAACCACCAGCACCGCCUUACGGUCAACAGCGACCUAUAAGGCCGCCCCUUCUCGGUAAGAAUUAUUUAAUUCUGGAGAAAACGAGAUUCGUCGAGCCGCUUGGUUCGUGGUCUAACGCUUGCCACGAUUCCGCGUAUUCUUCUCCAGGUUAUGGUGGCUUUAGCGAACAAGGAUACGGUCAACCUGGCUUAAAACCAACACCACCUCCGGUACCUUCUCCGCAAGGUGUGAUGGGGCCUCCAGGGAUUUCUGUACAGCAACAAUUAAUGCAGUCCGUUCGAUCUCCACCGCCAAUUCGUUCUCCUCAACCAAAUCCUUCCCCACGACCGGUUCCUUCUCCACGUAAUCAGCCAGUUCCUUCUCCUCGAUCAGGGCCGGUGCCAUCGCCUCAUCAUCAUCCACCUCAUGGUACACCAACACAUUCACCGGCUCAUGAACUCGGUGGGCCAAGUGAAAUGAUGCUUUCGCAGCUGAGUGGUGGAACUGGUGCACCGACUGGUCACCCGGGUACCAUGCCACAUCAUCCAUCUCCAGCUCCACCACCCACUAGUGGCACAGACUCGAGUGAAGUGACGCCCAUGACGCCACAAGAUCAACUUUCAAAAUUUGUCGAAGGAUUGUAGUGACUAUUAGUGAAGUCGGUUAACACGAGUGACUAUGUUAGUGGGCGAACGAUGAUCUUGCAUCGUAUGUCAACCGUUUAGAAAGAACGGUCGCUGUUCCACCUCUCUGUCAUGAGAACAGAGAGAGUAACUUCCAUCCGUUCUGCGUUCCUAGCUUCGUGGAGAUCAGGUACAACUACUUACGUCCGGUACACUGACCAAGUGCUGAUGUUCAGAGACGGGUCAGAGUACAACUGGUGCGACCAAAUUAAUCCCGGAUGACGCGUUCCCUUUUUCUAUCUCCGAGUUAAGGUGCAGGAGCGAUACAGCGUGUUGUGGUGCUGCUUAGAUGCUCCGCGAAGAUUCUACAGCUGGCUCAAUGGACACUUGAACUUACGUUAUUGUAUUCUCGUAUCUCAACCUCGGCUCCCCAAUUGCGAACCAGUGGAACGACGAGAAACAAUUAAUUUGAAACUAUACACACAUGAAAUCAAGAGAGACUAUUAAUACUUUAUCCCCUAAUACACAUACAUAUACAAAAGAAACACACACUAUGUCUCUGCCCAAACUUUUAUUCCCCUUACACAUGACUUUUUCAUCUAUAUCACCUUCCCUCGCUGCUGCUCGUGCAGGCUGAGUGAAAUCGUACAAAUGUGUUGUGUAUACUUAACGUUAAUUAAUAAUUAAUAGUUCAAAUAUUAUUAGCGUAGCGAUUAUAUGCAGUUAUUAUAUACCACUAUUAUUAUUAUCGUGACAAGAUGCAAAGUAUAUAACAAGAAAAAAAAACGAACUGUAUGAAAAUGGAAAGAUAUUGAAAAAGAAAUCAACAACAUUGUAUGUAAGGAAGGGAGAAAAGAAUUUAGUGGAAAGUUAAGUAAUGUUAACUUAGGUUAAUUUGUUAUUAAGAGAUCGCAACGGUUGCCGAAGGUUGUGCCGAAACCUUAGCACCAUUAAAUUUUAUGGAUCAUUCUGAAAUUAACCUUCAAAAUAAUCUGCUAAAUUGUCCUAUGGGAAAGAAACCUAAUAACAGGACAGGCGAGACAACGCGGAUUAACGGUGUCGCAACCAAAAAGUAGAAAUUCACAAGCUUACUAAUGGGAGGAUUUAUAAAUCGUGUUAAUUUUGACAACAAAAGUUUUUCAAACCGAGGGUCCAACAUGUACAGUUCAAUCAAAAUAUGUAGUUACGAAGCGUAAUCGAAAAGGACCCUCGCAUGAAAAUCGUUCUGUACAUACUAUACUAUUAUUACGAUAAUAAUAACGAUUAUUAUUAAUUUCCCUGUCUAUUAUGAAUUUAUUAUUAUUAUUAUUGCUAUUAUAUAUAAUUCUUAUUGAUUCUUAAUUAUUAUAAUUACUAUUAUUACUCUACUACUACUACUAUUAUUAUUAAUAAUAUUAUUUUUAUUAUUAUUCUUCUUAUUAUUAUUACCAUUAUUACUAUUAAUAUUAUCAUGAAAGAAAAAUUCAAAACAUAUAAGUAUAGUGUUAAUAUUCGGGAAAAAAGCGAGAAAGGGAUCCACACACACGCGUUAUAAUUAUAAUAGGAUAUCUCUGUGCACGAUAAACCCGAGAAAAGGAAAUACAAAUACAGAUACAAGUACACAUACAUACCGAAGUAUGUGACUAUGCCAGUGCUGUAUCAUAGUAAACUGUAAGUGUAACUUUUCCUCUCUCUUUUUUCUUCGAUACCUAUUUAAAUGACUAGUUGGUAACGAAUGAUGCGUGAAGGUGUACUUCUGAAGUCCGUUUCGUCGGAUAUUUUUUAAAUACACGGUGUACAAUGUAGCCACCAUGUAACCAAGCUAUAAUCGAUUUAAUCAUAAUCAGAAUCAUUAAUGGCACAUGCAACCGGUGUAAGAUUCAUAUUUAAACGUGGCGUUUCCGUCGACGAAAGCGCGGUCCGAUUCGAAACAAAAAGCCAGAGAAAUCAUGACCCGUUUGAGAGACACGUUACCUCUUGAAAAAUGUAUUUGACUCAUUCUGAUACAUUUAUCAUCAGAUAUAUCUAUAUACAUAUAACAUCGUACAUUUCCAUUUGUCUUAUAUACAUCGGUACCCUUUGAAUUCGUUAUAAAAGAAGGCAAAAAGCAUUUUUCUUUUUUUUAUAAAAAUAAAGAAAGAAUUUAACGAACGAUUGGCGAAUGUUUUUUGCCUUGAAAAUUUUAAUCGCGGGGUUGGACGGGGGUAAGUUUAACGAGAAUGGUUCGUUUAAGAUAACCGGUUUUCUUUCACUCAAUUAAGUUCCAAAUUCGAAAGAUCGCUUUUUGUUAUUUUUAGACCAUUUUAAAUUCUUUUAUAAAUCGGUUAAUGUGAAUCGUCAAUCGAUUCCGAAACAUUCCUUUUGUUAUGUAUUCUCUUUCUCGCCCUUUCUUUCCUCCAUCCACCGGUUUUUCUCUACGUCCUUCGUCCCUCGGACUAGUUUUAUAGAAAGAACGUCGUAGAUUCGUCUUUCCAAGAUCGUCAUAUAAAAGGACAAAAAGAAAGAGAAAAAAAGAUAAUUAUGUAGAAUUAUGUGAUAGCAGUUAAAUCGAGCGGGUCAACUAUAAAUCGGUUGAGAAACAAAUCCUGUCGUGCGUCUGAAAUUUCUAAAAGUGAGAUGAAAACGAUAAGAAACAGAGUAAUACAAAGAACAAAAAAUAACAAUCUACGAAAUGCGGAUGGUUAUCGACUGUAGAUUUAAGUAAAUUUUACUAGUAAAAAGAAUAAACGUAACGACGAAGACCCAAAAGUAUUUGGCUUAGUAUGGCUGUGUUUAGGGCAGUGUUGUAAAUCUGAAAGUGGUAUACCUUUUUUGGUAGUAAACUCUUUAAGAGCGAACAAUCGAACGCUAUUGUGUACCAAUCCGACGAUCGCGAUCUACACGAGUCAUUUUAUCGUUUGAUUUUAUUAAUAAUUAAUUACUAACGAAGAUGACACAAUUGCUAAGAAUCGGCGUUCAUUUGCGAACGAAUCGUAAAAAUACGAUAUGUGAUGGGUGUGUGUGUGUGCAACAGAUAUAAAGAAAAAUGAGUUUUCUCUUUCUGAAGAUAGUUCGAGCACAUAAUUGCGAGUGUAAAAAUGGGUCUUAGUGUGUUCGAACAUCGAGAAAGAGAUGGAUUGUAGAUUCGCGAAAGAUUACUUCCGUAGAUGAUAAAAAAUAAAAAGAAAGAAACGAAUGAAACGGAAGCGGUUUGCACGUCGGAUUUGUUGGCACGUCAGCGUUCGUGGACAAUUUAUUAUUGUAACGAAAAAUGAACGAUACAACACUAUAUAUAUAUUAUAUAUGUACUAUAUAUACUAUAUAUGUAUUACAUAUAUUAUAUAUAUAUACUAUAUGUAUUAUAUAUAUAUAAUAUAUAUACUAUAUAUGUAUUAUACGAUUUGUUUUUCUUUUUAUAUUAUCAAACACAAUAUAGGUCGCGGUUAUAUCAUGAUGGAGUAAACGUUAAUUAAUUAAUUAAUUAAUUAAUUAAUUAUUCGAUAGACGAUAAUUGCAAACAAAACUAUGGAAUAUAAUUAUUAUUAUUACGCUAUUAUUAUUGAAAUACCAACUAUAGAGUACUACUUUUUAUUAUGACAUUUCGUAACUAGUGAAUUGAUUAUCUAAUUAAAGAUUAAUGAGACGCAAGUGUAACAUUUAUCCCCCUCGCUCCCCCCAGGUAAAAAAAGAAAGAACUCACACCGUUCUUCAUCCCAGUCUCUUUUUCUUUUCCUAAGGAAAAAAGUCUCGAGAGGGACAAUGAGAAUUUUCUCUCGAUCCAGCCCCUCGAAUCCUGAUCCAACACUGCAUCGGUCACGAUAAAUGUACAAUAUUUAAUAUAAUGCGCUUUCCUUUAUUUAUUUUUGUCGGUGGGAUUCUCGUCGUUCUCGCUAAACGAGACAAACGGAAAUGGAAAGAAAAGAUACUGUCACCGUCGCCAUUCAGAUACCUUUUUGUAUCCCCUGGUGUAAAGACCGUUCGCAGAGUGACUUAGGAAAAACUUUAGUUAACGUCUUGUUUGCCCCCGUGUUCGCUAUUCAUUUUGUAAACGCGUUUUGUAAAAUAUAUAUGUUCGGUUUAGAUGUGUGAAAGUUAGCCUCACGAUAUCCAUUCGGAGAGGGGAAAGUGAAUUUAGGUUUUUGCUACAGUUUUGUACUCUUGGACGUAAAAAAGACUUCGUUUUUCUCUUAACGAUUUGUAACGUAGAUAAGAAUACUGUAUGUUGAUGUUCAUGAAUAUUUAACCGAAUAUUGUUAUAUUAUUAUUAAAAAAGAAGUUUUAAAAAUACAUUCCAUUUUUAUUUUUCUCUCAGCUCAGGUUAUAUAUGUACAUACGUGUAUCGAAAGACCAAAAUCCUUCUUAAGAAGUAUUUCUUAUCGAUAGUAUUUAUAUAAUCGCGAAAGAGUUACUAAGAAAGAAACGAAUUAUUUUUAUCUUAUCUUCCGAACAGAGACGGAUCUUCUUAUCCGUAUACAUCGAAACACUUUGAAUUCUUUGUCACAUUGCGCGUGUAUCCCUUAAUAAAGUACAUAUUUCAAUACUCACAAUGUGAACAACUAAAGUUUUUCUGUUAACUCUGUUAUAUUUGCCACUUUACUUGCUCUCACUUGCUACUACUCGUCUGUUCAGCAACUUCGCUUCGAACAAUCGUUCGAUUUUAAUGUUUGUAUAUUUAUUUAAAAUUAUUCGUUUCUCAUCACGUGCACGAUAUAUGGUCUCUUUCUAACUUUUUUCGAAACUUAGCCUCUUCUUACGUAUCAUUCGUAUAUUUUACACGAUAUUUGUACAUAGAAUUUCAUUAACAAGAUAUAGCAUUCAAACGCGUAUGUACCCUUGUCUCGACCUGUCGACAAGUUGUACGGAUUUUCAAUUAGACGAGGACUUAUAUUUUAGUUCCAUCGGAUGGCAGAAAAAUAAAGAAAAAGGAAGAACCAAAGUACAGUGCGACCUUCUGGCUUUCAAGGACUCCUAGGUUUUCACUGUCUUAACUUAAAAUGGGACUAAAGUAUGCAACGAACGCAACGCGUGUUUUCCUUCUAUUUUCUCACCCUAUUUAUUCUUGCGUUCGCCGAAUCUCCUUUCCUUAGGUGUAAGGACUAAUCAUUUAUCCGAUUACAGCGCAUAAUGUAACAACGUAAACGAAACUGGCACGUAAGAAUUAUACAUAUACGUGUAUAUAUUUAUACAUACUUACCAUUAACACAAUAUGAAAAAUCUGACGAAAUAAAGUUUACGUAUAAUUAUUUGAAUACUGGACAUUGUACCUGUGUGCUCUCAGACACCUUUCUCGCGAUCAUUUCACGUUUCAACUUCUGAAUCCUGUCACGAUCUGUGGAUUCCCGUUCGAGCGCAGUCUUAUUUAUACAUAACAUGUCGUUCGUUUCGUUGUCCUUUGUGUACACAAACGUAUUUAGAUGUACAUUUCUUGCAAAGAGUUGUUCGCGAGGAUUCGUCAAUAUUCUAAAAGUCAGUAAUGAAGGCAGUAUGAUGGUAACACAUCGAAUUAAAUCAAAUCGGAACACAGGCUUUUGUACGAUUUCGUGAGGAUUUCCGUUCCCUUCGUUUGACCGAAGUCCGAAGUGAUUGCUGCCCGUCAGUUCUUCCGCCUUAUCUAUCGUUUUCAGCGACGAAUCCUUGUUGAACGAUAUCGUUGGACGGAUAACAAAAGAAGGAAGUUCAGAGUCCCCAUUCAGAUCUAUAUGUACUAAGUUUACACGUACGAUAUGUUUAUAUUACCGCUUAUAUAUAAACAUAUAUAAUAUAUAUAAAUAUAUAUAAUAUAUAAAUAUGUAUGUGAUAUAUAUAUUAUAUCAUAUUCUAUAUACAUAUUGUACACACAUAUACAGGUACACGUGAUACACGUGUAACGAUAUUACAAUAUUACAGUGAUCGCAGAGGAAUCACGACUCUGUUAACGAAAGAAAGCUCAAUGUAUAGAGGUAUAUACAUAGAUUAUCAUAGAGAAUAGGGCAGCUGUGAAGAUUUUCUAGGUGUUAAGAGAGACCGUAUACAUACUUAGAUUUUGGAAUCGCCACGUCGAGAUCGGAUGCGAUGUGGGACAUUUCGAGUACACUAAUCGGAGCAAUUAUUCGUCCAAUGGAAUAGAUGUAACGAAACCGAAGCUCUAAAUAACAAAAUCCAUCUGUACACGAGUCUCCGUUUUAUACCGUACUUACGUGUCAAAUAAAUGUACUUGUCUGUAAAAUGUAUCGCGACUCCUUUUGUACUGUAUUGACGCGACUUUGAUAGCGAAGCAUUCCAUGUGUAAACGUGUUUGUUAUAUUUAUUGUAGAAUGAACCCCUGAUUUACGCUAUUCGUUUUCAUCUUUUUACGACCCCAUGUACAUGUUUCGUUUCAACAGCUGGUUUGCGACACCGAUGUUACCAUCGCGACGGAAUUGUAUAGAAAAAACAAAAUAUUUAAUAAACGAUUUAUGGAUUAUUCGA